AUGCCGGACAGCCAGGGCUCCGGCUCGGGCCCUGAAGGGGAGAAUGGAGUUAAGAGAGCUUGCGACCAAUGCCGUCUCCGAAAGAUCCGAUGCGACAAGGAAUCACCAUGCUCAAAUUGCAGGACAGCCAACCGCACAUGUAGCUCAACCGGCGCCGGGCAGAGGCCUAAGGAGGCCCGCCAGCGUGUGCUAAUAUCAACUCAAUACGAGCGCAAAAUCGAUUACUUUGAAGCCCGCCUCGACAACAUCGAAAACAUGCUCCGUGAGCUCACCGUCUCCCUCAGCAGCGGCCGCUCCCCCGCCGCCUCAACCACAGAAAGCACUCCCGGACCAACCGCUUCAUCAUCCAUCAUCCCCCUCGCCCCUCCAAUCGCCCCAACUUCCCCUCCCUCUUCCAGCGCAGCCGCCACGGCCACAGCGGCCACAGAUGACAUGGUCUACGCGCCUACAGAAGGCAACGACUCGGACGACGCAGUGUCCGCCUUCGAAGGCGACUCCUCCCUCGCCGCGCAAACCGUCUUCGCCAGCGAAUUCCUCUCGCACGCCGUCGUUGCCCGACAGCUUGUCCCCCUCGCCUCGGGCGGCGGAGAAGGCGACGAGGACUCACUCGCGCCCGACAUGCACUCGGCCCUGUCCAGCCUACAACAGAUCGUGAAGCUUCAGAACAGGCCUAGUCCGCAUGAGAAUCGGUUCGUGAAUGCUAAGCCGCUACCAAAGGGGGGUGUCAAAGAGUUGCCGAUGCCGCCAGCGCAUGUGGUUGUUGCUGCGCUGAGGGAGGUGAAGGACGUGCCGUUGGUGAGUUUCGCGACGAUUUGUACCUUCGUGGCGGCCGACAAUUUCACGGAGCAAUGCAGAAGGGUGUAUUUUGCGACGGAGGAUUAUAGCCUGAUGACGUGGGGGGUUGUGAAUGCGGGGUUGUAUUUUCUGUUUCAGGAGAAGGCGUCAUUGACGGGGGAUGCGGCGCAGAAGGCACAGUAUUUGGAGUAUCAGGCGGUAUGUCGGGAUAAUCUAGAGACGGCGCUGGCGAAUCUGCCGUUGAUUUUGCCUGCGAGAAGGGAGAGUAUUGAGGUGGUGCUGUUGGGAGCUUUCUAUGCGGUUGAGAACUCUAAGUUCUCGCUUGCGCGAGAUCUCAACGCCAUCGCGGCUACGCUGUGCCAGAACCUGGGUUAUCACCGCCUGCGCGGGCCGCUGACUCCCGAGACGGAGCCGAAAGCGAUUCUCUUCUGGUCGGCGUACCUCCUCGACAAGGCGCUCUCGCUGCGGUCGGGCCGGGCGCCGGUCAUCCAGGACUAUGAUAUCACGGUACCGAGGGAGCUAAGCGCCAAUCCGCCAGGGGGCGUAGAGGUGCCGGACGUGUCGUGGCGCAGGAUUCUGGAGCAGUGGAUAGGGUAUGCUGAUGUUCUGGGGCGGGCGUACGAACAGCUGUACAGCCCGGCAGCGCUGGCUCGGCCACCAGAGCAAAGGGCUGAGUGUGCGAGGCAGUUGGUUGAGCGGCUGUUCACCCUCGCCAACAAGCACGACGCUCUGAUGCGGACAGCUCGCGAAAAGGUUCAAGGUCGCAGACUGGACGCCAACAGCCCGUACUCCAUGGACCUGGCCAUCCUAGGCGACGAGAUGCAGCACUGGUCAGCCCUGACCCUCCUGUAUCGAGCCAUCCCAAGCCCGCCUGGGUCACCAAGUACAUUCAACCAAGAAUGCAUCGACGCCGCGCGCCGGGCAUUCGCCUGCCAUCAUGAAUACAUGGCGCUAGCAGGCGACAGCAUGGCUGCCAAAGCGGGAUUCAUCCGAUGGAACCUCAUCUACGUCCCCUUUACCCCAGUCAUCGUGCUCUUCUGCCACACCAUUGAGACAGGUAACGAGGCUGACCUGGCGCGUCUUGCCGCCUUUGUCGAGUCGCUCGUGCCUGUGUGUGCUGCGUCCGAUGCUGUUGCGAAGUUGCAUCGUAUCUGCCAGGUCCUGCACGACGUCGCCAGUCUGUGUAUCCGUGCCAAAGCACACCUGCAACAACGUGUGCGCGGUACCGGUAAUGGGAACGGAGCUAGCCCAAUGACGACCGUGCACACCCCUUCCCAGCAGCAGCCACAACAGCCGGCAGGCGCAGUAGAGCAGCAAGAUGUGACGAUGGCUAUGGUAGGCGACAACAUCGACAUGUAUCUCAGCCAGCUGGGGUUCAUGCCGCCGCAGUAUGGAGCAAGCAAUCAUCACCCAUUUGCUACAGCGACUGCCGCGACGGCAGCGCAGGCGCAGUUCCCCACGGUCGGUCCGACGGGGUUUGGGGCUGCUGGAGGGGGGGGGCAGGCCAACCCGGCGAACGAGCUAGGCAACUGGUUCUCAGGGAACACACACAUCCUUGGGCUGUUGGAGCAGGACUUGUCAGAGUUUGAGCCGAGGAUGUGGCCGAUGGGCGGACCGUGA